CUUUCUGACAUCAUUAUCGUCCACACGAGUGGCUCUCGAGUCACAACCGGUGGUAAUUGUGUCGGACCUGGUAAAUGAUUACAGAUUGGCUGACUGCGUGCCAAGCAGCAGCGGGAGGGUUACCUGGCCAAAGUUCACCUAGGUAUGAAAGCUGAGUUCUGUGUCUGAUAUAUAUUACUGUUUACCUAUUGGACGUAAUAUAUUCCUUGGCAAAAGGCUCUCAUGUACAAACGUCUUUCAUCCGUAUUUGCAACCAAACAGUUUUAUAAAAAAUUGUCAAUUUUAGUUUCAUGCAGAGGGUGCAGUAUGGAUCACCCCCAUGUCCAACAGGUGGUCGCGCCCGGACUUUUGGGGCGGUACUAGUAUACAAACUUCAGGUUUAGGUGAACAGAUGUUUUCAAUACGCAAGUCCACGCCGCAGUUACAUCACGCGUAUUUGCUCUUCAUAAAACCUCCGGAUCCUUUAUAACCGAAUUGAUUGCACUUGACGACAUUUUAGACCUGUUGCUGCGCAGUCUGACCGUGUGUUAUACACUUCACAACGGCGUCAUGGGGAAGAAAGCUGCGGGGUUUGAUGUCCAGUCCGCGGCGGCGGCGUCUGCAGAAGUCUCCGAUGGGAAGGACCAGGCUGACAAACCGGGAUCCGUUCGAAUGAAGAGAAAGAUAACGCUCUUCAACGGAGUAGCGAUCAUAGUCGGAAUCAUCAUCGGGUCUGGGAUCUUCAUCUCGCCGAAGGGAGUCCUCCAGCAGACGGGGUCGGUGGGCCUGUCCCUGGUAGUGUGGGCGCUGUGCGGUGUCCUGUCCACUCUCGGGGCCCUGUGUUACGCCGAGCUGGGGACCACCAUCCCCAAGUCGGGCGGCGACUACGUCUACAUACUGGAGAUAUUCGGACCGUUAGCGGCUUUCCUGAGACUGUGGGUGGAGCUGAUCGUGGUCCGGCCGACGUCGCACGCCGUCACCGCCAUCACGUUCGCUACAUACGUUCUGUACCCGUUCUUCGCGCCAUGCCCCGCGCCCGACCUCACCAUACGGCUACUGGCGGCAGCCGCCCUCGUGGCCGUAGCGCUGAUCAACAGUUACGGUGUCCGCUGGGCCACCCGUCUGCAGGACUUCCUGACGCUGUGGAAGGUGGUGGCGCUGGUCGUCAUCAUCAUCUUCGGCGUCAUUCAGAUGGGCAGAGGAAGCACCCGGUACAUCGAGCCGACCAGCGCCUUCAGCGGGACGACCUCCUCUCCCAGCGCCGUGGCCUUGGCUUUCUUCUCCGGACUGUGGGCGUACGGCGGCUGGACGGAUCUCAACAUGGUCGUGGAAGAGCUGAAAGACCCAUUCAGGAACCUUCCCCGGGCCAUCGCCAUCUCCCUCCCCCUGGUGACGCUAGUCUACAUCCUGGCUAACGUCGCCUACUUCACCGCCAUGUCUCCUACCGAGCUCCUCAGCUCAGACGCCGUGGCCAUUACGUUCGGUGACCGGUUGCUGGGGGUGAUGAACUGGUUAAUUCCGCUUUCCGUGGCGCUGUCAACGUUUGGAGGGCUCAACGGUGGUGUGCUGACGUCAUCACGGUUGUUUUUCGUCGGUGCGCGCACAGGACACCUCCCUGAGAUUAUGGCGAUGGUUCACGUGCACAGACUCAUACCGGUACCUGCUAUCCUGGUGGAGACUGCCCUGAUGUUGAUAAUGCUGAGCACCUCUGACGUGUACACGCUGUUGAACUACAUGGGGUUCGUGUACUGGUUAUGUAUCGGCGUGGCUUGUGUGGGACUACUGUGGCUGAGAUACAAGCAGCCGGACUUACCCAGACCAAUCAAGAUCACACCCGCCAUCCCGGUAAUCUGCACCUUGCUGUGUAUCUUCGUGGUGGUGAUGUCGGCCAUCUCUGCGCCGAUAGAGGGCGCUAUUGGACUAGCCAUCCUGCUGAGCGGCGUCCCGGUGUAUUUUCUCUUCGUGUGGUGGGUCAACAAGCCGAAAGCGUUCCUCAGAUUCAUACGCUUUAUCACCACCAGGCUGCAGCUUCUCAUGAACGUUGUGCCUACAGACGACCAACACACGGACUGAGGGUGGGGAGGGGGGCAACAUUGGAACAUGUGCCGAGAACCAAACAUAUCGGACGUACACUCUCACACGUGUAUCUACGACUGAAGAAGGGGAAUAAACUUGUGGAGAAUCAAUAGUAACACAGAAAAUAGCGGAAAGUGACAGAGUUUGACUUUAAACGUAAAAAGAAACAAAAUAUCCCACUAUUGUCACUAUGAUAUUACAUUUCUUGUCUAGUAGACUUGGAUGUUCCAACAUAGCCGGAACAUUUGUGUACAUGUAAAGAUGCUUUAGUCACUCGCUUUUAAGUCCUAACAUAUAUGACUAGUAAUAUAUAUGAUCUGUCUGACUAGUUAUAAUAUUAACUAUUAGUUUAUGUAUCCAUAUUACUCAACAACUAUAUAACAAUACUGAUCGUACUAAUGUAAUGUGUAAUGUUUACAGAGCCUAAGAUCAACGGUAGAACAUGUUCCUUUUAUCUGUACAUUUUGUAUAUACAAUGUAGCAAAAAUGAUCACUGGAAAAUCGUUAUAGUGUGAAGAUAAUGAUAAUUAGCAGUGUAAUUCUUUCGCAUCAUCAGACUAUUGCUAUUGGGCCAAAUAGUACGAAAACAACGUACUGGCACAUUUUCAGCGCCUGUAAGUAGCAGCGAAGAAAAUUAGCUACUAAGUAUUCUGCCCCUCGGACAUAUCUCGGUUGAUAUUAGUUUGGCUACUGGUUUUCCUCAAUAAACGGAAUAGGGUCAUCUCGUGACCUGUCAUGACCUCUGCUGACCCACCCAUCUGUCUUCAUUAUUCCUGAAGGAUGUAUGAAUACAUAAGAGACCCUCCUUUGUGAACGCCCGACAAGAUACAAAAUGCACUCAAAAAUUGUUGUGUUU